CUGAUUACUGCCCCUGACUGAUGGUCCGAGGUGUGUUUAGAGUAGAGGUCACCGGUGUGAAACAGUUGCUCCGAGUACGUAAGUUUUCCUACGGCGAAAUUGUUUAAAAAGAUAUGUGUAAGUCUUCAUUUUAAGCAGCCUGUUCAGUAUAGUGCCCUGUACGGUUUCAAGCAUUGUGUAGAAUCCAGUUUUGCGCUGAGCAGUAUUUCCAGGAGUGUGUAGAGUAUUGUGUCCGGCACUGUGUCCAUCUCUGUGUCCGGCACUGUGUCUAAUGCUAUCUACUGCAACGUCAUAACCAAUAAUUGGUCGAUAACUCUACGGCACGGGUCACCAAGAAAGACCUUUGAUUUGGGAUAAUUUAUGAUAGACAAAUUGGAAUAAGUACCCUUAAAAAAAAAGCUGUCCAGGUUGCUGCUGGGUCCAGGUUCCUGGAUCCAAGUUCCACGAAGGAGUGACUUGUAAAAAGACAAGAUGAUUCAUCACUUCACAAAGACGAACAAAGAGUAACAUGUCAAGAAAAGUUACGGUCUAGGUCAAUUAGUUCCUGACAUUUCUUUUACUAUGGCAGACGAUGAAAGUGUCUACACAAUAGAGGCGGAUAUACCAGAGCACAGAACCACAGACGCCUACCUGAGUUCCUAUCGUCACUACACCGCUCCAAGGGAGGAGACCUAUUUGGGCUCCUACCGCGCUUAUACUGGGCCUCAGGACGGUUACAACGGGGUGCCCCUGGGGAGCCUUUCUUCACUCAAAUAUGUAGCUGAUGACAGUACUGUUGGCUCCGAGAGUGGCUUCAUACAAUAUAGACCCAGCAGCCAUAGACUGUUAUCCAUAUUUGCAGCCUUCUUCUGUUUUUGUCCUGUGGGGAUUGCUGCCCUUGUCUACUCCUGUAGGGCACAGAGAGCUAAAAAAGACGGGCGAUUCUCACGAGCUGGGAUUCUGGGCAAGAAUGCUCGGGUUUUGGCUGUUGCCAGUAUCAUCAUUGGUGUCGUGCUUCUCUUGGUCAUCCUCUUUCUGGUGCUCAUGGAAGUCGUGCCAGAGUUUAAAAACAGACACGGCGGAAAGCCAAACUAAAUAUUUGAAAUAUUCCAUUUUGAUAUGUAUAAUGUCUUCAAUUGGAUUUUUUAUCUUCUGCCUUGCAGAACUCAACUCUCUAACCUGUGAACAGUGACGUUUUUUGUGUGUUUUUUUUUACACUAGAUCCUGUGUUUAAAAUAUCAUUCAAUGUACUGACAUCCAUUCAUCAAAUAUUAUUAUUAUUUCGCCUUUCUUAUGUACAAUGUCUUCAAUUGGAUUUUUUUUAUCUUCUGACUUGCAGAACCCAACUCUCUAACCAGUAAACAGUGACGUUUUUGAGGGUUUGGUUUUUUUUACACUAGAUCCUGUGUUUAAAUAUCUUUCAAUGUACUGACACCCAUUCAUCAAAUACUAUUAUUAUUUCGCGUUGACUCAACUCUCUAAUCCGUAAACAGUGACGUUUUUUGUGGGUUUGUUUUUUUUUACACUAGAUCCUGUGUUUAAAAUAUCAUUCAAUGUACUGACACCCAUUCAUCAAAUACUAUUAUUUCGCCCUUCUUAUGUAAAAUUUAAAUAUUCUUGUCGCCAGAGAUUUAUAUUUCAUUCAUUGUUUUACAUCCCCCCUCCCCCCGGAUAAAAAUAUAAAGUAAUAAUUUUGACUAUUUCAUGAACCUAUGAACCUUUCAUUUUAUUAGGCCUACAAACUAUGGAUUGCUACCUGGUCGUGUGGUAUGUACUCGGGACAUGUCGUUUCGACGGUGCCGGGUUCGAACCCUGCCCGACGCAAUCUCUCGCCAUCCGGUGGGAGGUUUGGGCCAGGAAGCAAUAAUCUGAAGUAAUGACCAAAACGUAGGGUAACGGUGAGGUAUUCUCAAUGGACCUCAUUCACCAAUCGUAAAUAUUUAGUCACGUGACAAUAUUGAUAAAACAACGAAAAAAAAAAACGAAUCA